GACGGCAAACGCCCUUUGUGUUCACCCUGCCACCGCAGUAAACGAGAAUGUCUUUGGCCAACUACAGAAACCCCUUCAACAUCACCUCGACUACCCCAGGGCCACCAAACCUUAGACUUCAAAUCAACAGAUGAUCCAGAAGUGGCACUACAGAACAUCGAGGUUUUCUCUCUUUUCCGCCAUUAUAUCACCACUCUAGCUUCGUGGUAUGAUCUGAAUGAUCGCCAUCGACAUUUCACCGAUCUUGUUCCUGUCAAGGCACGGCGAAAUCCUCUGUUAUUGAGCGCUAUUCUGGCAUUUUCAGCAGCCAGUAAACAGCCUACUGAUCGACACGAAGUUGAAAGAGCAGCUUUCUAUCAUUUUGAAAGUGUUCGAAUCUUAUUACGCAUUACAAGCAAUGCCCAAGAUGUCGUCUCCAACGGAGAGGUCCUGGCAGCCAUCUGCCUUUUACGCUCAUAUGAGAUCAUAUCCGAAAACUUAAGCUCCCAAAGCCACCUCCAAGGCUGCUAUUCACUCUUGGCUAGCCAACCAAUCAACCUGCAUUCAAACCUCGUCCGUGCUGCUUUCUGGAACUAUCUCAGAGAGGAUAUUACUGUUGCAUUGAUCGAGCGCAGAGAACUCAUGAUCGAGCUUUCCGAUGACCAUCUACCUCGAAAUCUGGAAGCGGACGAUGACUACGCGAAUUAUAUAACUGUGCUUCUCGGUCAGAUCAUUAAUCAGUGCUUUGGUAAUGCAGAUCACGUAGACCUGCUGGAGUGGUCGGCUCUUCGGAAACGUAUUAUAGACUGGAGACAUUCCCUUCCGGCAUCUUUCACGCCAAUUCCUGUCAACAAGGAAGGGAACUUCGAGUUUGCAGGCACGUUGUGUGGUUGGCAUGCUGCUGCUUUGCAGUACUUUCAGACAGCAUUCAUCAUCUUGGAACUGGCCAAGCCAAAAGGCCAGAUGACCACGACUGAGAAUAUGAAGCAAAUUACGAAUUUGACUCGAGAACUGGAGACGCGCGCAUCAGAGAUAUGUGCGCUCGCUCUGUCGAGUGAUUCUCAAGCAGUGUGGAUCAAUGCUUUUGGCCCUAUCGCGUUUUGCGGGUGUUGGCUCCGAGAUCAAAAUAAAAUAACCGAAAUCCUCAAGGGAGUGCAGGAGUGGGGAGCUUUGACAGGCUGGCCUGUCUCUGAUAUCAUUCAGUCGUUAAAGGCGAAUACCUCUGCAGCCGAGUGA